GACGCUGCACAAAAAACAUUUCCAUAAUAAAAUUAAAUGAUCGUCUCUAUAAAUAUAUGAAGUGAUGAUGAGCUGUAUAAUAAUUAAAGAAAAAUCAAAUCAAUGGCAAAGAGCGCGGGUGAAUUGUUUUCCAUGGAGCACUUCUUCUUCUUCUACUUCUUCCUCAUCAUUUCUUCACUAUCCGCCAGUGAUGAAAAUCAACAUCACACUCUUCUCACUCUCAAAGGUGUUGAUAUUGAAAAACCAAAUUUGGAUGUAUCGCCUUCCUUACUUUUAGUGAACUCUGAUACUAAAGGCGUUAAAAAAAAUUUGCGAUGUGAGCGCGUUCAAGUUUCUGGUAUCUCAAGAUUGAAACUCGGGAGCUAUGCCAAUUCAUACCAUAUUACUUUGGUUCCAUCAGUUGCAAUUCCAGAGAGAUUACAUAGCAAAAUCAAGGUUUGUUUUCACAGGAAUAAUACUCUUGGAUGGUGUCAGUGUGAAAAGGAUGAAUGGAAGGGUGUACAGAAGGGGGUGUGGGGUGCGGUUAUGUCACCUUAUGAAACUAGAUACGUUGAUGUCAAGAUUGAUGGUGAAAUAUCCGGUUCAGUUACAGUUGCACUUGAAGAAGGUUUUCAGCAAUGGCGCCUAAUUAGUCUUGCAGUUGGACUGUUACUGCUGUUGGUGGCUCCAAUUGUUAGCAGUUGGGUUCCGUUUUAUUAUAGCAGUUCCAUGGCUAUUGGAAUCUUUCUUGUCAUUAUAAUUGUUCUUUUUCAGGGCAUGAAAUUAUUGCCAACCGGAAGAAAAAAUAUCUUUUACCUUACCAUAUAUGGAUCAGUGCUUGGAGCUGGAUCGUUCCUUUUGCACCAAUUCUCUAUGAUCGUAAAUUCAAUUCUUCAGAGCUUUGGGAUGAGUGAAGAGAUGCACAAUCCAGUUGCUCUUUUUGUACUACUGGGUAUUAUCUUGGCUGGAGCUGCUUUAGGCUACUGGAUUGUUAGGAGAUUUGUUAUUUCAAAAGAAGAUGGUAGUGUGGAUGCCGGGGUUGCUCAGUUUGUAAAAUGGGCAAUGCGCGUUAUUGGGACUACCUUCAUUUUGCAGAGCACUCUUGAUACUCCUCUUGCAGUUGGAGUCUUGGUCUCUUGUGGAGCUGUUUGCAAAAUUUGGUCAUCAAUAGAAUUGCUUCAUGGGUGGUAUGAAACUUCAGGGAGUGAUGAUUAUUCACUGGAGUGGGUGAGAGGAACUCGUGGUCGUGCUGAAUUCCUUAGCAAGUCGCCUCCUAAAGGAAAAAUGUGGAAUAGCCCUAAAGUUGGCUCUAAAGGAAAAUUGUGGAACACCCCUAAAGGGAUGUCAUGGUCUGACUCUCCCGUGAGAGCAAUGUCUACUCAAGUAGAAGCAAACCCAACUCAAGAGGUGAAUCAACAUGAGCCUAUAGAUUCAACUCAAGCAGAAGCACACCCAACUGAAGCAAAUGAAGAUGAAGACCCAGUUCUUGGGAGAAAGAGGAAAAAAACAAGUAAAAUUUGGGAGGAUUUUGAUUUAGUUAAAAUUAAAGGUGUUAUGAAAGGUGUACCGAAAAGGAAAUUGCAUAUGAGUACCGAAAAGAGACAAACCACUAUUCCAUUUCAGCCUUCAAAUGCAGUUAAUCCCUUUAUUGUUCCUGGUGCUAGAUACUGUAACGAAAAGAUGAGGGAAAUAAUGGCAACUGCUAUGAUGGUUCAUGAGAAUCCUUUUAAUGCUGCCGAACAUCAGAUUUGGGUGUGGGCCUUCGAAUAUGCAAAUUCUGAAUUUCGCAAAGUUUCACAUAAAACUGCAAGAAAUGAUUGUGUGGCACUAUAUGAGAAGGAGAAGAAAAUUUUGAAGACACAAUUGGAAAGUGUGAGCAAGAUUAGUUUAACUACAGAUAUGUGGAGAUCUAGCCACCAAGUAGUUGAAUAUAUGGUCAUAACAGGACACUUCAUUGAUGUAGGGUGGAAUCUAAACAAAAGAGUUUUGAGUUUUGUGAAAGUGCCUGCACCUAGGCGUGGUAUUGAUGUUGCCGAUGCGAUUUAUAAAUGUUUGAAGACUUGGGGGAUUGAAAAUAAGGUUUUUUCAGUAUCUGUUGAUAAUGCUUCUUACAACGAUUCAUGCCUAAGAUGUCUCAAAGAUAAUUUAUCUCUAACUGGUAAGUUGAUCCUCGGAGGCUCAUUGUUUCAUGUUAGAUGCUGUGCCCAUAUAUUGAAUUUGUUAGUGCAAGACGGCCUUAGUAAAAUUAAGGACACUAUUUUCAAUAUCCGUGAAAGUGUCAAAUAUAUUAAUCACAAUGAUGGAAGACUAAAGGCAUUCUGCGACGUGGUAGAGCAAAAAGGUUUGAAAGAAAGGAAACUCAUUAUUGAUUGUCCAACAAGAUGGAAUUCAACUUUUAAUAUGUUGUCUACUGCUUUGAAGUUCAAGAUUGCAUUUGCAUCCUACCAAGAAAGAGAGCCUCAUUAUGAUUUAGCCCCUUCACUUGAAGAAUGGAACAAAGUUGAGAAAGUUUGUAAAUUGCUAGAAGUGUUUAAUUAUGCUACUCAUGUGAUCUCAGGUAGUGAGUAUCCGACUGCAAAUUUGUAUUUGGCUGAAGUUUGGAAGGUGAAAGUAAUAUUUGAUGAGGCAGAUGAAGAUGCAGAUCGCUUUAUGAGAGAAAUGGCAAGUCCAAUGAAAGCAAAAUUUGACAAAUAUUGGGGGGAGUGUAAUCUGUUGAUGGCUAUUGCUAGUGUUUUGGACCCUAGGUGCAAGUUUCAUAUGGUGCGUAUAUGUUUUCCCAAGAUAUAUAAAUCUCAAGAAGUUGCCGAUGAAAAUAUUAAGAAGGUCAGAUCUUCAUUGGAUGAGUUAUAUGAUGAUUAUGUAGCUCUAUCUUUGGCAGAUGCCUCUUCUUCUAAUGGUAAUUUGAAUAGUAACACUCAAUCAUCCUCCCAAGCGAAUGUUGCAGCUGUCAAAACUGGAUUUGAUGAAAUUAUGUGCCUUAUUCAAGAAAAUGUAGCUAUUAGUCCAAUGAAAUCAGAAUUGCAACAGUAUCUUGAUGAAGGUAUUUACGUUCCUAACACUACCUCCUUUAGUGCUUUGGAUUGGUGGAGGAACAACAGCAUGAAAUAUAAAAUCUUGUCUAAGAUGGCUGCUGAUAUAUUAGCAAUUCCAAUCUCAACUGUGGCAUCUGAGUCCACAUUCAGUGCCGGAGGUAGAGUUAUUGAUGAAUUUCGCUCUAGAUUAAGUGAAGAAUCUGUUGAAGCUCUCAUUUGUGGUGGGGAUUGGUUUCGUCACAAGUAUAAUGUGACUAAAAAUUCAAAGGUUGGAAAAGAGGAGAUACAAGUCAACUUGAAGAUUUGAUGUUAGACUUUGUACCUUGCGUUUUAGACGUGUUUUGCUUACACUUGAAGAGUCUUGAUUUGAAGAUCCAAUGUUUUGCUAAUUUAUAGUGUAUAUUUUGGUUGUUGGCUUGUUGCUGACUACACUUAGCAAACAAUUUGUAUUAUGGCGACUUUUCGUAAACCUUCUAAUAUUUUAUUAGUUUUUAA